CCUCAGUUUUCUGCAGACAUCAGUUUUCUCUUUCGUAGUUAAACUUUACAAAGCUUUUCUUUUCAAUAAAAUUGGUUAGAUGUUUAUGUAUAGCAUCUAUAGUGUAUGUACCUUGCUGUUUGGCGGCUUCUAUAUUCUGUCCUACUGCUAUGUUAAACAUUAUACUCUUCUCUGUCUCUUGAGGGUGUGUUUUAGAUCAGGGUUGGCACUAUGGCCCACUCGCUUUUUGUAAAUAAAGUUUUGUUGGAACACAGUUGUGCCCAUUUGUGUAUAUAUGGUCUAUGGCUGCUUUGCUUUGCAGCGGAGAUAUAUAGCUGGUAAGUUUAAAGUAUUUGCCAUCUGGACCUUUAAGAAAAGCAUGUUGACCAUUGUUCUGGAUCAGUGUUGCUCAAAAGUGUGGUGCCUGAUCAACCUUAGCAUCACCUGGGAACUUCUUAGAAAUACAGAUUCUUGGACCUGCCACUCCAGGCCUACCAAAUUAGAAGUUCUGGGGUUGGGUGCAAGCCAUUUGUGUUUUAAGAAGCCUUCCGUGUGACUCUGAUGCACACUGGAAGUUUGAGAAACCCUGUUCUAGAUAAAUGUUUCUCAAAUGUUAGUCACAUACAUCACUUGACCAUUUUUUACCCUGUUUUAACAUUUUUAAUUGUCAACUCACUUUCUGAAGAUUUAAGUUAACUUUAAAGUGAAAGUUUAUGUCACCAGAAAAAUAAAUACAGUGAAAACAACAUGGUGUUAUAAGAGAAAACUAGAUUCUGUUGUCAUUUACCUGUGCUGAAAAUUAGAGCUCGUUACAUGUAUUAAUUAAACACAUACUAGGCAGUAAGUGGUAACUUUUUUCUUGACUUAAUCAUGAUAUAUAAUCACUACUAAGUGAUAGAGUGGUGUUCAAAAUGUUAUGCUGGUGAAAUUAUGUGACAGCUAAAAUCACUUUUUGUACAAAUUCCAUACUUUAGAAAAUGCUGUUCUAGUUCCUUACAUGGAAGGAAAGCUGUUUGAACUGUACAUAUCUAAGCCCCUAAGUAGAAAUGACUUUUCCUUAGAAAUAGAAAUACACACCCAUAAGAUGGAACGAUAUAGAAGUCCCUAGAGAGGUCCAUUCAGACUUCUAGGAUGAAAUUGGCUAUUUAGCUUGAUCUUACCUCUCCAUUAAUGUUCCGGUCUGUGGUGGUCGGUAUUUCUGCAGGACUUCACCAACCGGUUUCACAGUGGGAUUGUGAAAAGGUGCUGGCUGUUUGUCAAAGAAAACUCAUGGACUAGAAACUGGGGAGAAGUGCUAUGAUUCUGCAUUAUGGGCAGGGAACUGUUAGAGCAUGCCUACUAAGGAACAGUUGAUUCCCCUCAGAUUUUAGAAACCAUGUAUUUUCAGAAAUUCUGGUAUGAGAAUAAAUAAAAUGAUUUAAUUUGCCUCAUAGUAUUACAGGGAAUACUUCCCCAGAGAUAGUAUUCUGAUACCAGCUGAUGUGUUUUAGGAUGUAGUAAUUGUUGGUGCAGCUAGAACCUGAAUAUCCCUAGGUUGCUGGGUUGCUUCAGAUUUUUCUUGCUUUCUUUUUCUUAGAGAUUAUGGACAUAUUUGCUGCUUUUAUCAUUUGACUCUGCAAUAAACUAGUGACAUAAAACUCUGACCCUAGAUGGACUGAAAGUCUAGUAGGGAGUGAAGAUGUACAGUGAGUGAUAAAUUCUGUAUGCUGAUUACAUAUUUAGAUAUCUAAUUUUGAAAAAAUGUUAAAAAUAAAAAAGACUGCCAAACAUCUCUUAAGACUGAACAAAUGUUUUGUAAGUUUCCCUUAAAAAAAAAAAAAAAAAAGUGUUACAAAUGAAGUCUCUUAGGUUCUCCUUCACUGUUUUAGUCCUUUCCCCCAAAGGCAUUUUUUGUGAAUAUGUCAGUGAAUUUUCUUCUGUGUUGUUUCAGUACUUACAAGGCUCAGUCUCCUUCAUGCUAAUCUGUUUUUUCAUUUUAAAUUCCUUUAUCAUUGAGUUGUCUGUCACUUCUGUCCUUUGAUAUUCUCAUUUCUUUUCCAUUUUUGUUUCUUUACUUUGUUUUAUAUUUGGGGAGGCUCCGCUUAGCUUUUAUAGCAAUCACCAACCAUUGAAAACUUGCCUCAUUAAUAGACAGAUCUGCCAAAUACUUUUUCUUCUGCUCUUUUCAGCUAUUUCUUCAUAGCCAGAGAUAGCUUUUGUUACUUCUAAUUUUGUGUAUAAAACAUUGCGGAUGAUAGAAGGCACCAGAUAGCCAGAGUAUGAGUGUUACUGUGUCAGAAUUGCAGCUCUGCAAGUAAGCAUCAAAAUAUAAAAUAUAGCAGGCUACAACUUUUCAAUAAUUGACUUCCCUUAAUGGCAUAUACCAUAAAACAAAGUAUAUGUAAUCCACUUUUAGGACUACAUUUGUGGAUAACUAUUUAUUCAAGACACACUUCUAAUGUGUGCCUUAGAUCUAAGAGGAGCAACAUGUUGAUUUCCUAAAGCAUACAUCUCCUGGCGGAAGUGUGAUGGCUCUGACCCCUGCCAGUGGCCAAGACUCUGCUUUAUAAUGAGAGAAAACAGGAUUGUGGCAAGGGGUAGGAUAGAAUUCUUGGAAUGCAGCUACUUUAGUAUUUAUUUUUGAACAUUUCCUUUACCAUUCUUUUAGCUCUUAAAGACCCUAAGCUUUUUCUCCUGUUACAAGGCUGUUUCUCUGUUUCAUUCCUUACAAUAUUUUUAUAUGGAUUUUCACAGACAAAUAGACUGGAAAUUUUGAAAAAUUAUUUUAGCAUUAUUUGUCUUUGAUAUUCAGCAAGAACAAACUUGUCUUGGAAAUUUCUUCCACAGUGGGCAUUGCAUUUUAAAAAUGGGCUUGUCAUGGGGACUAUGAUGGUGAGGGUGAUACAAGUACCUAUUUGUAAUGAUAAACCAUAUGAAAGAAUUAGGAGGGCUAGCCUUUUAAUACCCUUAUUUUUUGGAAUUUUCUAGGGUAAAGGAAAGCCUCUACUAGUACUCAGUGUGAUUUCCUAAGUUCUGUUAGAAAUGACUUGAUACUACAUUUGGACGGGAAAAUGCCCUCAUUAGUUUUUCCUUCUGCCAUCUUUGAGUAUUUUUUCUUUCCUUUCCUUAUAUAAUAAAUAUGUUCCUGGAAAGUUUCAUAUGUACCAGGUCAUAUUAAAUAUUUUCAAAGCAUCAAUGAUCAUUAUUUUAAGACCUGGUAGUGAAUGCUUUCAUAAAAUGAACUUAUACUUUGUAGUGUAUAAAUAUAUGAUGAAUUAAACAGUGUAUUUAUUAACAAGGUAAAUGGAGUAAUGAGUGUUUUCUUUGAAGAUUAUUUUAAAAGCAUUCUUAUAGGUGCGCUUUAGGCUAAAUUUAGGCUAUAGAUGAGCUUCAGGCUAAAGGAACAACAAAGGUAGGUGGGAGAAGUUAGGGGAGUUGGUGAGACUGAUGGAGAAAGCUGUAAAAGGGUCAACGUUGUUCUUUACUGUAAUAGUUACUGUGCAGCAGUAGCUGUUGGUUCCACAAGAAGACCUAAGAGUUUCACAAAAACAUGAAGAUGAGUGUUUACUAGCACAGGACAGGUCUCUUCCUGCUCUGUACUAGAUGAGAAAUUGGUCUUUAUAUAGUUUCCACGUUCUGCGGACUCAUAGCUUAUGUUGUAAGAAAUGGUAAUAAGAAGGUGGAACAUUUGGAGAUUUGAGGGCACGGGAAAUAAGAAACUUUAAGCUUAAAGAAAUUUAAAGCUUAUUCACCGCUCUUUCUAGCUCUGGCUUUUCUUUCACUGAAAGAGUAUGGCAUUUAUUCCAGAGGGAGUAAGCCUACCCUGCCCCAGCCAACAGAGACACAGGGCCCCAACAAGUAUACCUGUGGGGAGGGGAAGGAUUUGAUUGUCACAUCAGAGAACGUGAGCUUUUCCCCUCUUGGCCCCGUUUCUAAACUAGGAUGCUUCUGUUUGCUUUGUGUGCUGUUGAGUUUUCCCUCUGUUUUCUCUAAGCUAAGCUUUAAGCUAAUUCUGUACAAAAGAAAUACUAAUUAGUUGUUUUUAUAAAUUGCUUGCCAUUAAUGCCUGAUAAAAUGCAGUAAAAUAAGGAUUCUGCAUACCAUUAUAUAUGUCAAAUAUUACAAACUUUAAGGUUCUUUUGAAAUUACAAUACUAAACUCAGUUCACUUUUGCUUAGCCUUCACAGUUGUUGAUCACAUAGCAUGGUCAUCCACUCACAGCUUAAAAAAAUACAGGGAGCAUCGGAGAGAAUGGGUUCAAUGUAUCUAUGCCUGCCUACUUCAAUCUGCAAGGGAGUGUCAGAAAGGCCCCGCAUUCGCCGAGCCGAGACACUACUCGUCAGCGAAUCAAAUUCAGUGAUGACAGAGUGUGCAAGAGCCACCUUCUCAACUGUUGCCCCCACGAUGUCCUGUCCGGGACUAGAAUGGAUCUUGGAGAAUGUCUGAAAGUCCAUGACCUGGCUUUAAGAGCAGAUUAUGAAAUCGCAUCCAAAGAACAAGAUUUUUUCUUUGAACUUGAUGCUAUGGAUCAUCUGCAGUCAUUCAUUGCAGAUUGUGAUCGAAGAACAGAAGUGGCUAAGAAAAGAUUAGCAGAAACUCAAGAAGAAAUUAGUGCUGAAGUUGCAGCGAAGGCAGAACGUGUUCAUGAGUUAAAUGAAGAAAUUGGUAAAUUGUUGGCCAAGGUGGAGCAGCUAGGAGCUGAAGGAAAUGUGGAGGAAUCCCAGAAAGUAAUGGAUGAAGUGGAAAAAGCACGGGCAAAGAAAAGAGAAGCAGAGGAAGUUUAUCGGAAUUCUAUGCCAGCUUCCAGUUUCCAGCAGCAGAAACUUCGAGUCUGUGAAGUUUGCUCUGCCUACUUAGGUCUUCAUGAUAAUGACAGACGACUGGCUGAUCAUUUUGGGGGUAAACUGCACCUGGGAUUUAUUGAAAUAAGAGAGAAGCUUGAAGAAUUAAAGAGAGUUGUAGCUGAGAAGCAGGAGAAAAGAAACCAGGAACGCCUGAAAAGAAGAGAAGAAAGGGAGAGAGAAGAAAGGGAGAAGCUGAGGAGGUCUCGAUCACAUAGCAAGAAUCCUAAAAGAUCCAGGUCCAGGGAGCAUCGCAGACAUCGAUCUCGCUCCAUGUCACGAGAACGGAAAAGGAGAACUCGAUCCAAAUCCCGGGAGAAACGCCAUCGCCACAGGUCCCGCUCCAGCAGCCGUAGUCGCAGCCGCAGCCACCAGAGAAGUGGGCACAGUUCUAGAGACAGGAGCAGAGAGCGAUCGAGGAGGAGAUCCUCAAAAGAAAGAUUCAGAGACCAAGACUUAGCAUCACGUGACAGAGACAGGAAUUCAAGAGACAGAUCACCUCGUGACAGAGAUCGAAAAGAUAAGAAGCGGUCCUAUGAGAGCGCUAAUGGCAGAUCAGAAGACAGGAGGAGCUCUGAAGAGCGCGAAGCAGGGGAGAUAUAAUUAGCUGUGUACAUAUCCUCAAUCCUUAAGCUUCUUCUGGAGUUACAUACUAUUGUUUAGUUUACAGCUGUUUGGGGUGACACAGUGAGCAGUUCCAGACACCGAUCCAGCUAGGCUAGGUGUACAGCAUCUAACUCAGUCUGUACUUAUUUUCUUUGAUGAAGCCUAAAACUACAUCCAUAGUUUCUGGUGAACCUGUAAUACACUUCUGAAAGUCCAGUUUUAUAUAAUAAGACACAGAUGUCUUUAUUCUUUCUAGUAGGACUGAUAGUGAAUAAAUUGUGUUACUUGCCUUGGGAUUUUUUGAACAUUUGUAAAAUGCUGUCUUCCUCUCUAGUCCCAAACAACGGCGACUUUGGGAAUUUCUUUUUAAUCCUUCUUCCUUUGACUCUAUAUCCCCUGACACUUCUACCCUCUAGUGGUAAGAGAAAGGGGUACAAGGAAGCAAUAUAACUUCUGUUCUAAGGUUCUAUUCCCAUUAUUAAUUACUAGCUGAUUACAGUUCAGAACAUUUAUACUGGAAUGUGUGCUGGAGAAAUUUAAAAUACGAGGAGUUUUGUUUGUCUAACGGUGCCUAUUUUAGAGUUGGAAGUUGAACAGCUGUUGCAUUACAUACUUUGCUUUUUUAUUGAAAUUUUGAAAUCAAACAUGUCUUGAUUUUUCUGUUCUUCUUGAAUAGCUACAUUCAGGAUGUUUUGAGAUGGGGGGUGGGGGCAGGGACUUUCAUAAGCACUUGUUUUAUUUUGUGUGUGUGGAGUACAAAGAUGACACCCUUAUUGUAAAAAAUAAUAAAGUGAAAGAAUCACCACCACCAUCAUUAAACUGUAACUUGUCUAGUAAAUUGUCACUAGAGCUAUUUGCUGUGGCCAUUUCUAUUCUGUUAUUAUAGUGCCUUACUGUGCAAGGCACCAAAGGAAAUAAAUAUAUACUUACAAAGAUUCAAGAUGAAUUGUUGCUCCACCUGGGCCCUUGCUGACUGUAUUCCAGCUGCUUCAGGACUGUACCAACCACUGUAGAGAAGGACCAGACCUGCAGAAGAAAUUGGGUUUGUUUGUUUUGUUUUUCUUCACAUUGAGCAAACCGAAAUAAAAACAUGGUGUAACCAGUGUAAA